AGCAUUCUGGGUUUCUUCACGAGGUCUGGGUUGCCUAUCACCUCUGCCCUUCUGAAAGAGAGCCGCCUGUAUCCUGGACACCUUCACGGUCUGGCCCGGAGUCAUUGCUGAUCUCGGCGCCUUUAGGCCUUGAAGUUUGCGGUAGACUCAUAACAGAAUCACCAUGAUUCUUCAGAGGCUCUUCAGGUUGACCUCUGUCAUUCAGUCUGCAGUCUCGGUCUCUUUGAGGAGGAACAUCGGUUUUACGGCAGUGGCAUUUAAUAAGGAACUUGAUCCUGUCCAGAAACUCUUCGUGGACAAGAUUAGAGAAUAUAGAACUAAGCGACAGACAUCUGGAGGACCUGUUGAUGUUGGCCCAGAGUAUCAGCAAGAACUAGACAGGGAGCUUUUUAAGCUUAAGCAAAUGUAUGGUAAAGCAGACAUGAAUACGUUCCCUAACUUCACAUUUGAAGAUCCCAAGUUUGAAGUCGUCGAGAAACCACAGUCCUGAAGAAAUAAUGUAAAAUUUAUCUGGUAAUUUGUCCUAGAUUCAUUAUAUAACUGAUCAGAAGUAACAGCAUAAACAUACAUUUCACAACUGUCAUAUGUUCUUUUAAUUCUGAUUUCAAAAUAAAUUAUUUGGUGGUGUUGG